AUGGGAGUGGACCCCGGUGACCUCCUGUCGUUGGUGCCUCGCGAUGUCCUCGUGAAACACAUGUUCGCAGACUUUGCCCCGAUUGAGCUAUUGAUAUGCUCCCGCGUCUGCCAUUCGUGGCGGACCGUGUUCAUCGAGAGCGGGCUGUUGCCAUUGCCGGACCGCUGCGAACUCCUCGACAGCAUACAAGUACUGGUCCGCUCAGUCUCCCUCCUGAAGUGGGCCCGAAGCAACGCUCGGUCGUGGAUGGAAGGCGAACGGCUCCAGCAAAUAAUGAUACUCGCCGCAGCUGAAGGCCGGCUGGACACCCUCAGAUGGUUAAGCUCGGAAGGCUAUAGGAUCCACAGUAAAUGUCUUUCUGACCUUGUCUUCGCCGCAGCCUCGGGUGCGCACCAAGAAACGCUUGAGUGGCUCUGGGUCGUGGACAACAUGAGAUCCCUGGCCAUUCCGGAAAGCUUCAAAGGGACGCCCGAGUUCAAUUCGGAUGAGUACGAUGAGUACGAUGAGUGCAUCUCACUUGACCACUGGCGUGAUAUAUGGUUUAUCGUUGCAGUGCAGGGGAGUGGGAGUUCAGGGAACAUUGAGUUUGCGGUGUGGGUGCGCAAUUUCGCAGCCAGUGUCGGUCACACAAUAGAUCUGCACCUUGAGGAGGAUUGUCUUGUGCGCGCCAUCCAUGAGAAACACGUGCAUUUCAUCAAAUGGCGGCGCGGGAUGUUUGAGAAGUUCAAUGAUCAAACACGACGAACUUUGUGUUGGGAAGCCGCUCGGGAAGGCAGCGUUGAGAUCUUGACAUUCCUGCUCGAAGAGUGCCGCUGGAACACAGUGUUUGAUGACUACGGUGAUCUAUAUCGUGCGGCCAUCUUUUACAACCCUGACGUCGACCACCAACCGAUCCUCUCCUACCUUUACGAGAAAGGACACGGGUUCGACUCGAGGGCCACCGUCGCGGCUGCAUUCGUGGGUAACUUGGACACGCUCGAGUGGCUCAGAGCGAGGGGAUGCCCGUGGAACUCGAACGUCGUGGAGAAUGCCGCCGAGAAGGGACACUUGCACAUUCUCGAGUACGCGCUCGACCACGGGUGCGACGGAGGAGCGUGGGUCUUCUGCUACGCGGCCCGCGGCGGACAUAUCCAGGUGAUGGAGUGGGCUAUGGCGAGGGGACUCGAAUGGGACGAGAGGACCUGCUUCUCGGCCGCGAAACGCGGACAUCUCGACGCGCUCAAGUGGCUCCGAGCGAGAGGAUGUCCGUGGGAUCGAUGGACCAGGGUCUACGCCGAGAGGGGCCGUCACACCGAGCUGCUGCAGUGGGCCAUCGACAACGGAGCGCCGCCGCCGUGA